CAGCCGUCCAUUCAGUUGCAGACUGAUAUUUCAUCUAGCGAAGAGCAGGAGCGGUUAAAUGAAGCAACAAGCGCAGACUUGGCAAACGGUUCUGAAGUAAUGGUGGGUGAAAUGGAAAAAAGACGGGAGGAAACGGAGCAGUCGACGAAAAAUCACACACCGCAAUCACCUUCUGAUAAUCCGGACUGCGCUGUUUUCCCUAUCCCAGUGCUCGUUUCUCGCGGAAUAAGAACGAAAGCGGAGCAAUCAGUCUUUGACAUUGGUGGUCAAAAGAAUGCAAAUAACGCAAUAACCGACGCCUCCGUAAAUUUUUGUGAAGUGGAAAAAACAUCGAAAGAACAGGGAGAAGUGGAGCGGCCACAGUCGUCGAGUCGAAGAGCAAGGUCACUGUUUAAUGUUCUGGACAAUGCUGACUCUGCAUUUUCUGUUUUAGGAUCGUACUCUUGCUGUGGAAUUAAAGUUAGCACUGAUCAGCCGAUGAAUGAAGAUAAUGGCAAGAAGAUGCUGGAUGGAACAAUAGUGAACGUCCCUGGAACAUGUUAUGAAAUGCCGAAAAGGGCGGAAAUGCAAUGGCAGAUGAAGGUAGGAGCUGAAGAACAGGGAGAAGUAAAGAAAAGUAUGAACGAGUGGUCGAAACCGCAUCAAAGUGUGUCACUGUUUAAAGUUCUGGGUAGCGCCGGCUUAGCUUUCCCAUCUUCGGAAUUGUUUUCUCAUUAUGAAGUGGAAAUGGAGGCUGAGCGGCUUGCAGGUAAUGAGCAGAUGAAGCAGCAUGAAGAAGCAGCACGCGAUGUAGUUGAAGGAAAUCGAGAAAUGGAGGACUGUGCGGAAGAGCGAAGCAAAAUGGCGAAACAGUCAGAGUCAAAUAAGCCACCAAAAUCAUUGGUCUCCGAGAGUAGUUGUUCGAAUUUAUCCACUUCAGAGCUGUAUUAUUGCCACGGAAGCGAAACGGAAUGCGAGCAGCGACCACUGAAUGGAGAUAGCCAGAGCGAGCCGAGCUCGGAUUCUGCAAAUGAAUUAUGGUUAGCGAUGUGUUUGCCACGAACUGAAGCCGUGAAGGUACCACCGGUCGAGCCAUCGUCACCUAGUCUUGAUCCGUUUAGGAUGGAUCAUGCCGAGACUGAAUCGAACCUGGAAGCCGAGCAACAGGAUUUUUCAGUCGCCUCGUCACUUUCAUCAGCAACGUCUCCUGUUUCAAUAUAUUCCUUCAGUUCCACUCCGAAAACAUUUCCUUCGCCGCGUAUUCCACCACUUUCUGCUUCCGAUGACCAUAAACUGUAUUCGAUUGCUCUUAGCAACGGCAGUUCCAUGGAAACUCCACUGUCCGAAGAGAUAACACUAGCUGCUGCUGCUGCAAAUCACUGUGUUGUGCGAUGCAAUUGUCAACCAACAGCCCAGGAAAUAGCGGAAGGACGUGGUUGCAGUUUGGGAUGCAUCAAUCGGGAGCUGUACACGGAGUGCGGUUCGCGUUGUCCCAGUGAUUCGGGCUGCGCCAACAGGCGUUUCCAGAAAAAACAAUAUGCGAAAGUGGAGACUUUUGAUGCUGGCGUCAAGGGUUGGGGUUUAAGAGCCCUGGAACCAAUCGAACCAGGACGUUUCAUCAUCGAAUAUGUUGGUGAAGUUAUUGACUCCGAUGAAAUGAAACGUCGCAAAAAAAAGUACGGCAAAGACCCGAAACAUGUUCAUCAUUAUUUGAUGGCGCUGAAAAAUGGUGCUGUAAUUGAUGCCACGCUGCGCGGAAAUGUUUCACGUUUCAUUAAUCACUCUUGUGAUCCGAAUUGCGAGAGUCAAAAGGUACAUAUGUGGCCCAGUGUUCUUGCUUUGCAUGCAGUAUCGUUCGUAAGGAUAUGCCUCUCAAUUUUCACUACCUUCUUGCCUGUCCUCUUCCACGUGUCGCAACUUUUUCGCCUUGUCGCGUAA